UCAUCAAUCUCACAACAAUAACAAUUCAAAUUCACACACGAUUAACAGCAACAAAAUGUCUACAAAAUCUAUCCUUCUACCUUUUCUUCUCCUAAUCAUGUUUGUCACUUCAUCUCAAGCAAGUCGUCAACUCUGGGAUAGUGAAUUCCACGAUUUUUUCUCCAAAUCCGGGUUCCAUGGGAUUAAUAAGGUUCACGGGAUUCAAGGGUUUCAUCAUGGGACUCAUGGGAUUCCUAAGUUUCCCGGAACUGGAAAUUUUAUGAGUGGGGUACAUACAUGCAGCAUGCAAGGACCUUGUAAAGGUAAGAAGUUGAAGUGUCCUGAGACGUGCUACAAAUCAACCAACGUUAACAAGGAAGGUUAUAAAAGCACUAGCAAGAGCGGAGGAUGUUCAUUUGACUGUACGACCAAGUGUAGCGCCACUUGUUCAUCAUAACUGAAACAUAUACAUGUUCUAGCUUAUGUUAUGUUAUCUUAUAGUCUAUAUAUAUAAAUCUGUGUUCAUUUGACUGUACGACCAAGUGUAUAUGAAUCUGUUUAAAACGGCAUUUGUAUUGGAGAGUUUGUUUCUCCUUUGUAUGUAUUACUUUUGAUUAGUAUCUUUCUAUCAUUCUCUAUGUACAUAAUAUGGUUAUGAGUUAUGAAUAAAACAAAAUUUUGCGUUUC